GGUCGCUGCUGCGCGGAAUGCCGCUCCGCCGGCGGGUGCGUCCCGGAGCAGCCUGGACAUCCGCGGCCACUCCGGCCUCGACUCGCGUGCAGCGCCCCAGCCGGGGAUAGUCUAGGGCCUCUGGGCACCGUCACGCCCGCAGGGCCUGGGACGAGGGCCUAACUUUCUCAAGCCUCAGCUUCUGCUUUCGGAAGUAGGCUUAGUAACAGUGCCUUAAGGGGUUGUUGAGAGGGUCUGUGGAGGCAAGGCCAGCGCUUGGCUCCGGGAUUGGCUCAUGGGAAGCCCAGUCGGUGCGAGGUAGCUGCUUAGGGCUGGCGUGGACGUCUCCAUCCCAGAGUGCCGCAGGAUGGCCUUCACCCUGCCACACCGCUCUGCAGUCAGGCUUUAGGGGUGGAGUCUGGUGGUAACAUGCGACCAGAGGCGAAGACCAGACUUUGGAUAACGGGGAGAAACUUUAUACCUAAGACGCCUCUGUCUUGGAGCCCAGCGACUUUUAUUUGGCCUAGACAAUGCUUUUAGAAGUUGCCAACAUUUAAAAACUGAGGGUUCGUGUAUUUAAAACAUGUUUACAAUUUCUCCUGAAAAGUCAGAAGACCUGGCCACAAGGAGUAUUUUUCCAUCUUGGAGUUUUGCACAAGAUACAAGUUAACAUUACAUGGAGGUUCCACCAAGAGCCAGAGAAGACCCUUGACAACUCUGAGGCUGGGGAGCGAACAGGUGCUGGUACCCACAGAGCCCAGUGAGCUCACCGCUUUCUCAACGACCCUGGAGUUUGAGGGCCUGUGCGUGCACCCCACCUCGGCACAGCCAUGGCCGGGGUCAGCAUCAACGAGCUGCCCGAGAGCAUCCUGCUGGAGGUGUUCAUGCACCUGCCCGCCCGCCAGCUGCUGCUGAACUGCCGCCCUGUCUGCAGUCUCUGGCGCGACAUCAUUGACCUCGUGACCCUCUGGAAGCGAAAAUGCCUGCGUGAGGGCUUCGUCACCGAGGACUGGGACCAGCCCGUGGCCGACUGGAAGGUCUUUUUCUUUCUGUGCAGCCUUCGCAGGAACCUCCUGCGCAACCCAUGUGCUGAAGAGGAUAUGACGUCCUGGCAAAUCGACUCCAACGGGGGGGACCACUGGAAGGUGGAGAGCCUCCCCGGACCUCAUGGCACAGAGUUUCCUGACUCCAAAGUCAAGAAGUACUUUGUCACGUCCUAUGAAAUGUGUCUCAAGUCCCAGCUGAUAGACCUCAAAGCCGAGGGCUACUGGGAGGAGCUACUGGACACCUUCCGGCCGGACAUUGUGGUUAAGGACUGGUUCGCCGCCAGGGCAGACUGUGGCUGCACCUACCACAUCCGAGUACAGCUGGCCUCGGCCGACUACAUCGUCCUGGCCUCCUUUGAGCCCCCACCUGUGACCAUCCAUCAGUGGAACGAUGCCAGGUGGACAGAGGCCCUUCUGACAGCCUGUCAUCUGACAGCCAUUCAUCCGUCCUCUGUCCCGGCCAGUGGAGUGCCAAAGGUUGCCUCCAGGCAAGAGCUGAGCCUACAGUGGGCAGCAAGUCCCUCCGUGGCCCUCAGACUUCAGGGAGCAUCCGAAUCGCCAGGGAACCGCUGGCAGUGCCGAUUCCCAGGUUCGUCCACCAGACAGGCUGAGACUGGAGACCCAAACUGGGCUGGGAACCCAAGUGAUUUAACAAGCCCCAAACACCAGUUGUGAAAUUGGAUCAAGGAUCCCCUCCUUUGAGAACCCCACUGAGCUGCGCCCUCCUCUCAGCACUGAGAGCCCGGGUGGGGCGAUGACAGGCAGGUGGCCACAGGGCUGACACACAAUGAGAGCCUAUUGUGUGCCAGGUGCUGCCUCCAGCAACGCUCCUGCUGGUCAGAGCUCUGGUUUUCAGAGCAUCCUGGCUGUCUUGCCUCCGCGCCCACCCUUCCACACCAGCCUCAUCUCACCUUGAUGACUUGGAUCUUCUCCAUGUUGCGAGUGGCAGCUUCUCUCGUGUGCACUAAGACUGUGAAGGUGCAGCCUAAAGAGGCAAGAGUUUUGUCAAGACUGGGCUACCCCAUGCCUGCCUCGGGACACAGCUUCCUCCCACCUCCCUAGCUGGCUCAGCAGCCCCACAGCACAGUGUUAACCAAGUACUAAGACAAGACAGUCAACAGGAAGACUGAAGUCAGGUAGAGUCAAUCAGGGAAGCUUCCUGGAGAGGGUGGGCUUUUGGAGCAAUUACAAAAGUCAGAAAGAAAGAGAGGAGACUUGGUGCAGACAAAUAGGGACCUGAGGACACAGACCAACACAAGUAGCUAUGGAAACACCCAGAGAAGAGAGGGUGGGGUGUGAGCAUACCAGGGGGGUUGUGGUCCAGGACAGCAUCACAUACACUGAUCUUCAGGAUGAAGGCCCGGAGCAGCUGCUCCACGUGAGACAGCAGGGAGUCUGAGCUGAGAAGGAGAGAGGAAGAGGGUCUCCCAGCACAUGGGUGGCCCCCCUCCCACCAGCAGUCAGUCAACCCUGGAAGCGGCCCUCGGGUGCAGAGCCCUGUCCGCCUGGUACUUUUGAGGGCUUGGCUACCUAUCUCUACACAGCUAAAGCAUCUGGGGAGUUUAAAACCAAUGCUAAGUACCAUCACAGACAAAUUAAGUCAGAAUGGUGGGCAAAGGGUGUAGGGAACCCCAGUAGGUGGUUGUAACGUGCAGCCGGGUCUCAGAACCAGGACACAGCCCAAACUUCAUACUCUAGGACACCAAGCUGGGAAGGGAGAGGGCUUGCCCAAGGCCACACAGCAAGUGGGGACAGAUUCCAGUGCUCUGACUUCGCCACAGGAAGCCGGCAGCUGACCAGCCCAACACACCCGUCCAAAGUCAACUUCAAGUUGACUGUGGACUGGAUGCUUGACUGGGAAGUCAGGAACCGGGUCUAUGUCCUGGCUUUGCCACCAUUUGGGUGACCGGGUCAAGGUCAUCUCUCUGACCUUGGUUUCUCCAUCUACAAAAUGAGGUUGGGACUAGCCAUUUGCCAAUGCUGUGAUUUUCAAGGUUUGAUACAGGAGGGUCUCUUUGUAACCUGUGUGAUGUCCACAGAGACUGGGGGGCGGCCGGCUGCAACUCAGCCACUAACAGCCUUGUUAGGUCAGCACACCUUGCCAUGCCUCCUCUCAGACCUUUACCAAGGCACUUAGCAGCUACCAGAAAGGGGUGAGGGUCGGGGAUAUAGCUAGGACCUCACACCAGCUGGCACAUGGACGGGGAGAGAGGCAGCUCACCUGAUGGACAGCAGCGGAGGCUGUGUGAUUUCAAAGACAAAUUUCUCCACUGGGCGGUGUUCUUUGUCCAAAAUUACCACCACUACCUUCUCCACAUCAUUCUGCAAGGACAGGAACCCCCCACUCCAGAACUGGACACCCCCCUACCACCACCACCACUCCCUCCCUGCCCAGGGAAUUAUGGGAAAGGGGCAGUCGCAGCCCUGUUCAGCCUCUAGGCCCAGAGUUCCUCAGAGCCCAGAAAGAGGUUUGAGAAGUUGAAGUAGGCACCCCCAGAAAUGAAUGGUACAGACAGAGAGGAGAGGAUGCCUGGGCCCCGUGGGGAUACCAGGACAUCUCAGAGAGAACAAGAUAGAAGGAAGAAGCACUGAGCGGCUAAGCUGAGACAGAACUUGGGGAUGGAAGAAGAGACUGCCUGAGAAGAACCCAGAACCCUCCAAGGCAGGCCCCACGUGGGGAGCCAAUUCCACUAUUGGGGUGGGGCUCUCUUCCAACAUGCCCUGAAUGUGCCCCCAUGCCCUGGGCCCUGAGCAGGAAUGGUCUCUAGAGUGCAGGGAACAACAGGCUUCUGGGUGUUAGAGACACAGGGACCCUGCAUGGUCCCAGCAUCACCCCAUCCUGGAGGAUGGGGGAGCACUGGGGGUGACGUGGGCCAGGGGGUCCGGUGCUCUCACCUUCUCCAGGAGCGGCUUGACGCAGUGCAGCGUGUCCUGGAUAUACUGGUUCAGUUCCGGGUGACAGGACAUCUGCAUACAACCCCAUGACGGCUGGUGAGGCAGGAUGGGGAAACGACCCCACACUCCUUACAGCAGCCCAAGGCCCCUUCUGCCUUUAGAGAAAGGCCCAUCCGUUCCCUCAGGCUCGCCACCCGGGACAGACUACCCAUCAUGAGGCCAAGAACUGGAUUAUCCCCAGAGGAAGAGAAGUUAGGAGAUCCUAAGAAUUCAGUCUUAACAUUAGCACUUCAUACAGCAUUAGGAGUUCGUUGAGCUCCUCCAGAGUCUAGAAGUCCCUAAAUUGUAUUUGGGCAAACAGGCAUUUUUCCAGAGAAAGGAUCCAGAAAUUUAAUCAAUUUUCAAACAUUAAGAAUCUGGAACUAAGAAGCUGUGAGCCCUCAGGCUUAACCUCUCUGGGCUCUACUUACUUCACCUGCUGAAGAUUUCAUUAAAAAGUAAGGAUUAAAUGAGAUAAGUAGCUAGUACACA